AUGGCGGCCGAGUCCCAGGCGUUAUCUCAACCCGAUGUGGGUGCUGAGUCCGCCAUCAAACGCUUGCUGAACCGCCAGGCGCAACUUGCCGAUCAGCAAGCCGAAGUCCAGGCUCAGCUCGCCGCCUUGCUUCCCACAAAAUAUGGAUCGAAUAUCAAGCUCGAGUUGCUGAUGCUUCGGCACAAGCUGCAUGCCUUGCGCGCCUACGCCGCUUUACACGAAGUGCCGUCGAACCCACCUCCUUUAUCCGAGGCGGAGGAAGCCCGAUACCUACAGUAUCAGUGCGAAUGUAUCGAAGCGGCCAUUGUGAGGAACGGCAUAAAUCUAUGGGAUCCGUUCUUGGUCGAGUCUUUGAAGCGCCUCAUACCCGAUGAUACGCCCGAGGCCUACGCGAGUUGGUGGUUAGACAAGAACGUUGCCGAAAACGACCCAGCCUUCCGCAGUAGCAAAAUUCGAGACGCCGUCCCCCAGAGUUCGCAAGGCACUCGUGCCUCGUACAAGUGCUUGGAUGAGAACUGCAUCCACUAUGUGUAUGGUUUUCACACCCAAGACGACCGAGACCACCACGUACGGGAGCAUACACUUGCCGCAUCUCGCGACAGUGGACUAAUCCCCUCGAUCACAAACACGCCCACGCUCACAUUUCCGGACAAUGCUUCGUCAAGGUCCUACGGCGGAGACACGCCUCGACGAUCCUCCAAUUUCCAACUACCAAAGCCUCCAGUGCCUACCCCUUUGCGAUCGCUGAGCAUCCCUAGCCAGUUGAGCGAUAGCGAGCUUCACAUCGUUGAUGUUGCCUGCCCCCGUUUCCCCAAACAGCCUCAUACGGCGUCGAUGCCACCCGCCGAUCAACGCCGCUUGCUAAACCAACACCUCGAACUCACCUGCAAUCUCGCCCCGAAUUUCCUCCAUUUCAUUCGCGAUUGCCUGGACUACGACGAUACUUUCUGGUCGAGUGACGAGGACGUGGCGAGUAGACUGGCCUUGGCUCAUAACGCUCCGGCGGCAACCAGCGCCAUCGUGAUCGGUACCUUUAUGGGAAGCUGGAGCGCCACAGAUACGGCCCUCAUGUUCACUGACCUUCUUGACUCUAGCAGACGGGCCCUUGGCUUUCAGCACCGAGAGUCGGAGGAGGUUGCGGUGCCUUUGCUACAUCGAGCAAAGGUUCUGAUGAGAGAAGUGCUCUACUACGAUAUGCAGCAGACCGAACCUAUUCUCACCCCUUCGUCUGCUCCGCGCCACCACCGAACCGCGCCACCGCCUCCGGGAGCGGUUGAUUUAGAGAGGCAGCACCGACUCCUUCACGAAGCGCUCACCGAAUACUUGCAUGCGUUCGAGCACGCUGUUCUGAGAACCGGGACACCCGAUGUCCGGACAUCACUAGCCGGACUACUUUCCUUGUGCAUAUUUAGCGCUGCGAGGACAAUUCUUAUCGAUAUCGCCUCCUCGGCCCGGCCGCACACGUCACAUUCGACUUGGGACCGCAUGGGAGCGCCAGCGCUCAAUGCAGUGUACAAGGCCCUUGUGAGCCUAUAUAUUUGGUCUUCAGUGAAGAGAGACGACUGGGGCCAGUUCAAUAUCACAUCUACAAGCGACUUCCUUCUAAGGUUAGGGACGGGCGAUGCAGACGGGGAGCUGGGACCAAAGUACUUUGGCUUUAUCAGGCCCCGCGCGCCUGCGCGUGCUGGACCGCAGAUGCUACCUCCUCUGCUCAAGAUCACCGACGACAUCCGAAAACCUGCAGCGGACUCGAGAGAGGGUACAUUAGACAAUUGGCACCCAGCAUCCGCGCCGGUUCUAGAGGGAGGCAACCACGAUUAUCCCAUGAAGGACGUGCCCGAUCACAUCAUGUCAUCCCCACAAUCUAUGGAGCCUGGGAUAGCAAGGCGACACACGGUAGGGGAAAGCCCGGGCUACGCGCGCGGCGCCGUUCGAAUUGGACCCCUUAUGCCCGGCGGCCGCAUGCGCCCAUCUUACCAGCGCCCGCCUCUGCGACGAGUCUACUGCACCAAGUGUAAUGAGUAUCCCGAAGGUUUCCGUGGCGAACAUGAGCUGCGUCGUCAUACCGAAUCUAAGCACGCUUCCCUCGUCAAGAGGUGGAUUUGCAUCGAGCCCGAGUCCGCGAACUCCUCCUCCCCGCGGCCAGCGGUACCAUUGUCGAAAUGCAAGGCCUGCGUAACUCAAAAGCGGUACGGCGCCUACUACAAUGCGGCGGCUCACCUCCGGAGAGCACACUUCAACCCUAACCGAGGAGGCAAAGCCAGCGGCGAUUGGCCACCCAUGACCGCGUUGAAAGAUUGGAUGAGGGAGGUUCGGCAGUCGGUAGAUGUGCACGACAACGACUCGUCCAGUGGUGGUGAGGAGGGCGAUUUUAAGACGGGGCCACCGGACUAUUACCAAGGAUUACCGCCGCCGCUAUCUCAGCAGCCACUACUUGGGCCAGAGCCUCCGAGGCUGGCUCCCGUUCUCGCUCCGAUCGCUGGACAUGGCCUUGGCCCCAUCCCUACGCUCACCGCUUCGCCCGCGGGCCACCAUCAGAUGCCAGGGCCGGGCGAUAUGGCCCUAUCGACGCAUAGCAGCCCGGCGGCAAAGACGCCCGAGAACCGCAGCCGGUGCCCACACCCAGACUGCGGGCGGGUGUUUAAAGAUCUAGCAGCGCAUAUGCUGACACACCAGGAAGAGCGGCCCGAAAAGUGUCCGAUCGAGACGUGCGAGUACCACAUCAAGGGGUUUGCUAGGAAAUACGACAAAAAUCGGCACGCGCUCACCCAUUACCGUGGCACCAUGGUCUGCCCCUUCUGCCCAGGAGCAGGGACAAGUUUCGAAAAGGCGUUCAACAGGGCGGAUGUGUUCAAGAGGCACUUGACGUCGGUCCACAAUGUUGAGCAGGCACCGCCCAAUAGUCGACGGGUGGUUAUCGCCGGGCCAAGCGAUGGAAAAGCGGACGCCAAGUGCUCCAUCUGCCAGAGCACUUUUACUACGGCGCAAGAGUUUUACGAGCAUCUCGACGACUGUGUUCUCAACGAAAUCGUCCCUGGAGGAUCCAAGUCAAGUCGGGAGCCAGAAGGCUUCAAGACUCCAAUGGCAUCCCCAGGAAAGAGAAAAUCUCCAUCCCAUGAGAUGUCGUCCUCGUUCGUCUCCAAGAUGUCACCCCCUCUCGAUAGGAUGGAGGAGUGA